CGUCUCUCCGUGACGUGUUCAGAGGGAACCGGAAGUGGCGGACUCUGAUCAAAACAAAAACAUGUCGGUCGGUGAGCUCGUGCAGUUUUAGACUUGGUGCGUCAUCACGGUAAACUACGUCACAGCUCGUCAUGACGCGUUAGAGGUCCGUGCGAAGCUCUGACGUCACAUUAGCCUGUUAGCACAGUUAGCUGGAGCUCCAUGGCGGCCUCCGCGGGACUCCCGCCGCUCGACCCGGACCGAGCCGCUUCAUCCUCCGGCCUGUGCUCCGGAGGGAGGCCGCCCCUCCGCUCGCACCACCCCCACCCGGCGCACUCUGCCCCGGGCUGCGUGAUGGUGGAGUCGGUGGAUGACGCGGAGGGUCUGUACGUGGCGGUGGAGCGGUGCCCGCUGUGCAGCACGUCCCGCCGCAGGCUGACCUGCGCCCGCUGCGUCCAGGCCGGAGACUUCGUGUACUACGACGGGAGGACCGGGGACGGGAGGACCGGGGACGGGAGGACCGGGGACGGGAGGACCGGAGAGAGGUUUGUGGAGAAGUUGGAGCGCCUGAAGAAGCUGAAGGACGAGAAGGAGCAGCUGCAGCACAGAGUCAUCCAGGCGAUGGACAGGAAGCUGCAGGCUGAUGAGAUGAAGUGGAAGAUCAUGUCAUGUAAGAUGAAGAUCGAGCAGCUGAAGGAGGCGGUCGCUGGGGGCAACGAGGACGUGAAGAGCGAUAAAGAGCUCCUGCUGCGCUCUCAGGAGGAGAGUCAGCGGCUGCAGCGCCGGGCCGGACGCCAUCAGGACAAACGGGAUAAAAUCGAGCGUCACAACCGCCGUCUGGGCGAGCUGAUGGAGAGACGCAGCCGCGAGCUGCAGAGCCGCCUGAGUCAGCUCGCAGCGCUGAGACGAGAACACAUCCUGGAGCUCACCACACACAUCUUCCCCACACAGGAGGAGAAACAGGGCAGAGACCCCGCAGACGUGGUGGCGGAGUGCGACCCGGCGUUGACCUCGAGCACGGUGAGCGAACUGGCUGAGGCCCGGCGGACCACCUAUCUGUCGGGUCGCUGGAUCUGGGACGACCAGAACGGAGAGACCAGCAUCAGCAUCACUGGACCGCCUGUCACCCUUCCAAGCAACGGAGACUGCUCCGCCUACUACAGCUGGGUGGAGGAGAAGAGCAGCAGUCAGGGCCCAGAACUGGACCACAUCAACCCGGCUCACACCAUCAGCGCCGCCCUCUGUUACGCCACACAGUUCAUCACCAUCCUUUCUCACAUCCUGGAUGUCAACCUGCCCAAGAAGCUGUGCAACAGCGAGUUCUGCGGAGAGAAUCUGAGCCGGUACCGGUUCACCAGAGCGCUGAGCAAGCUUAACACCAACAUCCUCCACCUCUGCUUCUCACAGGUGAGACACUCACAGCAUGUGGACAGCGAGAAGCUCCACCCUCAUCACACUCUGAGGAACAUCAUGUUUCUGGUUUCCCCCGACAACAACAACCUGGGCAGGACCGGUCCGUUUGAGGUGAGCGCUGACCUGGAGGAGUCGAUGGAGUUCGUGGAGCCGGAGGCCGCAGGCCCAGCAGAGGAGAGUGGAGACGAGGUGGUCACGGACGAAGAGACGGACCUCGGGACGGACUGGGAGACGGUGCCGAGUCCACGAUUCUGUGACAUCCCAUCACAGUCCAUGGAUCUUUCCCAGAGUGCACUGCAGGUUUCUCAGCCCGCCGCUAACACUGGAGGAAUGAUCUCGUCAGCUGCUGCCUCCGUCACGUCCUGGUUCAGAGCUUACACCGGCCAGCGCUGAUCGAAUCUGGACCGGACCACGAUGCAGCGUGAACUGGACUGGACCGGUGACAAUCAGGAACCCUGGAAGGUCUCGGACUUUGACCUGGUUUUGGAGAAGGCCUGUCUCACUCUCUCUCUCUCUGCCUGUCUCUGUCUCACUUUCUCUGCUGUCUCACUUUCUCUGCCUGUCUCUGUCUCACUUUCUCUGCCUGUC